UCCAAAGUAAAGAGCUUCCUUAUCGAAAGCUUCUCCUCUAUCAUGCACCAAGAUAAGCCUCGCCGGCACAAUAGUAAAAAGCUUCACCUAGACGCUUUCAGCACGAAUCUAGAGCUUCGCUCUUACGAUUUCUCUCUUUCUAACCAGACAUCUCGCUUCAGCGAGAGAUCCUUUAAACGGUCUUCCUCGAUUCACGAUUUAUUUACUCCUGAACACAAGAAGGAUUUCCGUUUAUCCUGCAUCGCUACCUUAUCCACAGAUUACGACAAUCGUGAUCACAUUGAUGAAUGUAAAGUCGUUUUUCUCGACGAUGACAGAGAGAGAGAGAUUCUCUCGUUCGAGACCAAUCAGAACUCACGAAAUUCCCAACGCGAGAAUUCUUCCGUUAAAGACGUUACGACGAUCAUGGACCUUCUCGAGGAUCGCGCUAAAUCUUCCUUAGACAUAUCUCCGGACACGCAGAAUAAGAAGAACGCGAGAUUGUCGCUUGAAUAUGAAAAACGAUUGAGAUCGCAAAGCGUUUUGGAUGUAACCAACUCAAAAACUAUGUUCGUCAAAUCGAUCGCGAGAACGAACUCUAUUGAAUCCAAAUUUAUUACAAUCGAUCGUACGCCAUUCUCGAUGAAUAUUCUUCAGAAAGAUACUUUUUCAUCCGCUUCUUCUCUUCUUCCUCCUCGUCCUCUUUUCUCUGCUUCUUUCUCCUCUUGCAAUCCUGACGGACAAACAACACCGGACUCAACGAGACUCACGUCGAAGAACAGUGCGUACAACACGCUAUAUGCUUACCAGGACCACGACGAUCUUUGCGUACUACAGAUACGCGGCACGAGUUUGAAGCGUAGCGUGCCGUGUUAGGGGAUCUUUUUAAGAAAGGGUUUAUUUUUUCUCUUUUUGUGAUGGUAAUAAUAAUAAUAAUAAUAAUAAUAAUAAUAAUAGAAAUAAUGGAAAUUGUAAUGAAUUAGUUAAACGAGAGGAGACUAUUUAUCUCUUUUCGUCUCUCACUUACGUAUUCUCUUUCUUUUUCUUUCUUUCUUUCUUUUUUCCUCUUCUCUAACUAUCUGUCUAUAGAUUUUUGGAAAAAGAAAAAUGUAGUUUUGUGCAUGGCCGAGCUCAAGGGACGAUUAAUUCGAACCACUUUUUGGAAUGGG